UGACUAUUGACUUCACCUACAUAUAGAUAGAUCGAAGUUUUAUACAACUUUCAAAACAACAGAGUUCCCUCAUAAACACCUACUAGUAUCCAGUAUAUCAAAUCAAAUAUUUACCAUCAAGGUUUCUUUCUAUACAUACAGAUUCUCCCAUCUCCAGUUUCGGAAUCAUGCAAGCAGUUAAGGACACAAUUGCCGAAAACUUCGGUAGUGCACACUCUCUUGCAAAACCAGAGCACCAAUUUUCCCUCGAGGAUUGCCCUGAUCAGAGUGAAAAGGUAGCGGUGAUUACUGGUGGUAGCGAAGGUAUUGGCUAUGGUUGCGCACACACUCUGCUCAAAAACAACCUCGCCAAGCUGUUCAUCAUUGCUGUAUCCCAAGAAGUCUAUGAUGGUGCUGUAGAAGACAUUUCAAAGACUAUCUCGCCCGAGGCAGCUCAAAAAUGUACAUUCCUUAAGUGUGACAUAUCUGAUUGGCCUUCCGUAUGCAAGGUUGCCCACACGAUAUCUGAAAGCACCGAUAGAAUUGAUGUCUUAUGCAAUCUCGCUGCACGUGGAAUCAUGACCUAUCAACUUACCGAUUAUGGUCUUGAUAGACACAUGGCUGUCAAUCAUUUCGGCCACGUUAUUCUCACCAGUCACUUGAUGCCAAUCCUCAAGAAAACAGCAGAGGCAGGAAAUACUGUUAGAAUCGUAAACAUGGCAUCGAAUGCUCAUCAAGCCACCCCAAGCGAUUGCAAAUUUGCAAACCAGGAAGAGUUGAAUACCGAUUUGGGACCAAAUGGUCAAUAUGGACGAUCAAAGUUGGCUGCUAUGCUUUAUUCCCGCUAUUUGGCCCGUCAUCUUACUUCCAAGUAUCCCAAAAUCUUGGUCAAUUCCGUGCAUCCAGGAUUUGUCGACACGAAAAUGUCACAAGUUGAUAUUCAUGAGCCAUAUCCAGUACUCGGAUAUGGCAUGUCUGUCUUGAUGAAGCCGCUGAAGAAGGAUCAAUGGGACGGCUGUGUCAGUACCUUAUACGCAAGUACUGCAGUAGAAGAAAGUGGAUUGUAUAUCUGUCCACCAGCAAUCCCGGAGCCGGGAAGCUCCCUUUCACAGGAUGAGGAGUUGGGCGAGCAAUUGAUGAAGUUGACAAAGGAGAUUAUUGUGGAUAAAAUGCCCAAAAAGAGCGUCGACCAGGGAUGCCCACUUGAGCUUUUCUAAUUCGCAACGCGACAUACUUUAUCGAAUAUGGUAAUAUAUUAAUGAAUGAUUAUUUAUUCUACUAUUCU